AAGAGACAGUAACGUGCCAAGAGCAGCUAGUGGGUGUGAUAUGUCUGUAUGUUGCGCACAAUCUUUUAAAUAAAUAAUUAAUUAACAUAAAUAAUUGACAAAAUUACUACAAUUAUCAAAAUAAUAACAACAAUUUAAUGUACAUUAUUAACACAUUGUUGUAUAAUUUAUAAAUUAAUUAAUAAGCAUUAUAUAUCAACAAUAGAUUGUGUCAAAAAAAAUAUAAUAAUAUUACAAGAGGUUAAAUCAACAACAACAAUAAUAACAAUAUUUAUAACAAUUGCAUCAUUGACAUUAUCAUAAAUAUUUUCAUCAUCAAGUGAUUAAUUGAUUAGUAAUAAUUUUCUUUAAAAAAAAACAAAUAUAAAAUGCAUUUCUCAAUACCAGACACUCAGGAAUUUAUUGACAACACUGGAGCUGCAUACACGGGAUAUAAUAUUCACAUAAAUGGUCUAUUUCACUGUACAGUAAGAUACAAGCAGCUACUCAAUUUUCAUGAGCAAUUAACAAAAGAAUUUGAUGUUAAAUUACCAAAUUUUCCAUCAAAAAAAUUAUUUCCAUUGACAAAUAAUCAACAAGAAGAAAGACGUACAUGUCUUGAAAAAUACAUUCAAACAAUUGGACAAAAUUCAUUGAUAAAUAAUUGUGAAUUGUUAAAUGGUUUUUUAAUAAAUGCACAACAAGAAACAUCAAAUAAAAUUUCAUCAAUACAAGACAUCAAUAUUUACAUGUUUAAAAAUAAUAUAAUAACAUUAAAAUCAUCAACAUCUGAAUCAACAUUAUGUGUACUAAAAAAAGCACUACGUACUAUUAAUUUAAAUAAUAAUUAUGAUUAUUUAUUUGCAUUGUAUAUUGUAAGUGAUAAUAUUAACAACAAAAAAACAGCAAUAAUACGUAAAUUACAAAAUUUCGAAUCACCAAUACUGACAAUGAACAAUAUAAACAUUAAAAAUAGUAAAAUAGUUAUUGGAAAAAAUUAUUGGGAUGUUAAUAAUGAUGAUAAGUUGAUGAAUGAUCCAGUAUCAUUGGAUCUGCUGUAUAUCCAAACAAUAGCUGAAAUUGAAAGAGGCUGGAUCAAAGUACCACAUGAUUAUACUGAACAUCUUGAUGAUUUAAAAAUUGAUAAUAAUAAAAUGGAAUAUUUAAAUGUUGUUAGGAAUUUUAAAUACUAUGGUUAUAUACAAUUUUCAGCAUGUUAUUGUGAUUAUCCAAGACCAGGAACAAAGGUACUUAUUGCUAUUGGAAAGAAUGAAUUAAGUAUACGAACAAUUGAUGAUGAGGAUGAUGAAGAAGAUGAUGUUGAAGAACAUGAGACUAUUUUUAAAGUAACAAGAAUGAGAUGUUGGAGAAUAACAACACUGCAUAAUAAUACUGACAAAGAUGAUGAUGAUGAUACAAUGAAAUACAGUUUAGAAUUAUCAUUUGAAUAUUUGGUUGCUAAAAAUCAAUUGCAAUGGGUUUCGAUAUCAUCAGAACAAGCAAUUUUAAUGUCUGUAUCAUUACAAGGUAUGAUUGAUGAGCUACUAAUGAAAAAAACAGAUGAUGUUCAUCAAAAAAGUAGCAAGACUUGGACGUAUAUUAUGAGAGAUGGUCAAAAGAAAAAAAUUAUAAAAUCAUCAUCAGUGUUUGAUGAUGAUAUUAAUAAUGAAGAUGAUAAAACAAGUGAAUUUAUUGAUAAAAAAAUUAACAAAAAUGUUGGUGUACCACUUAAAGUUGAUAAAGGAAAAAAUAAUGACUGUGAUAUUAUGGAAAAUAAUGCAUUUUAUAUGAUUGGUGAUGAUGAUCUUUGAGACGAAAUUUGGGUCUAUUAAUUGUACAAAAUUAAAUAUAUAUAUUAUGUCAAUUUAAUUGUUUAAUAAAUUUUUUGUAAUUAUAUUUGAUUCAGCACAUGGUAGAUUGUUUGCUAUGAAAAAAAAAUAUAUAUAUUUAAUAUUGCACAAAGUUCUAAGUACUUCUAUAAUUGGUACAGGGGUAAUUUUAAUAAGUUUAACAAUGUGGUAAAAUUACGUGCCAAUAAUUACGUUUAAUUUAUAGUUAAUCUUGAUGAAAAUAAAAUAUCCAAACCGUCCUUUUUCCUGGGGUCAAAAUGUUAUAGUCUGUGACUUUAAUUAUUGAAAAAUAAAUGUUUAAAUAUGCUCAGAAUUUCAUGUUAGUUUUAAUUUUUUUUCAAGUAUUUUUAAAAUGUUAUUCACGUGGUACUUAUACAUUUAGAAAGUUGAUAAAAUAUACUGUUAAUUUAAAAAUAAAUUCAUCAUAUUUAAUUGAAUUUAUUUGUAACAAAAAGAAAUUAAAAAAAAAAUUUUUAAACAACUGAAUUGUUUGUUUAUGAAGAUCUGAAAUGGAAAAAAAUAAAAAAAGUAUUGUUGUUAAAAAUUUAAGGAUGUUAGAUAAUAAAUAAAUAAAAAUAUAUAUAUAUAUAAAAAAUGGUGGUGUAUUUUGUAAUAAAUAAAUAAAAAAUUAACACAAAUAAAUUAAUUUUCAUUGUAUUUAUUAUUAUAAUAUUAAAAAUGUUCACAAAU